UGGUCGGGCAGAAAUCCGGCCGGGGAAGCUGCUUUGGAGGAGGCAAAAGGGAGAGCGGGGCCGAGAGUGUCGCCGUGAGGCGGGAUCGGAUCUGCCGGGGCUUGGAUGAGGAGCUUGGGGUAGGAAACCCCCCCCCGUCCACUGGCCAGCCCCCAACCCAGCGCCGAGGGAGCCUCUGCGGGCGCCUCGGAGCAGAGCAGCCCGGCCCCAUGGCGGACGACGAGCGGGACUACGACCUGACCGAAGCGCAGCAAGGGGUCAAAGCCAAAUACCCGGCCAUCCUGAAGAAGUACGAAUAUCUGGAUCAUACGGCUGAUGUGCAGUUGCACGCUUGGGGCGAUUCCUUGGAAGAGGCAUUUGAACAAUGUGCUAUGGCCAUGUUUGGGUACAUGACAGACACGGAGACUGUUGCACCUGUUGACACCGUAGAGGUGAAAGCGGAAGGGCAUGAUAUGCUCUCUCUCCUCUUUCAUUUCCUCGAUGAGUGGCUCUAUAAAUUCAGCGCCGAGGAGUUUUUCAUACCCAGAGAAGUGAAAGUGGUUCACAUGGACCGAAUACGCUUCAAGAUACGAUCUAUUGGGUGGGGAGAAGAGUUCUCUUUGCAGAAGCAUCCCCAGGGGAGAGAAGUCAAAGCGAUCACGUAUUCCGCCAUGCAGGUCUACGAAGAAGGAAAACCAGAGGUUUUUGUCAUAAUUGAUAUUUAAACAAAGGUCAUUCUGUUGGGUGGUUCCUCUGCAUCUGGCCCUGGGAGCAACAGGAAUCGUUCUCAGGAGGAGCCCAGAAGCCAGGAGGAAAAAAGCUCUGGGUGCAGUUUCAGGCAGCAGCCAUUGAGAAGAUAAUUGGCCGUGAAAGCCAGAGAUGAAAUUGUUAUCUAUUCCAUGACAAGAUCCUUCAUGGAAAUUAACCGGGAUUAAUUACUUUCUUAUUUUAAUUUUGCCAUUUCCUCCACUUCCCCCUUGGGGAAUAUGUUGUUGAAUAUCCAUUUGCUUUUGGCACUGAUUGCAGCCAUUCAAUUACACUGGGUUCCUUCCCCCUCCCACCCAGCCCUCAUGUAGCCAUAGUCAGCCCUACCCGAGCCCAGGGCUGCCAUUCUGGCGGGUGGACAGUCGGAUGGAACCUCGCAGCAGUAAUGACCAAUGUGCUGCUGAAGAUUGGUGAUGGGUGGGAUGUGCUGCGCAUGCACGGCCAACAGCUGAGGCGUGGGGUUUAAUUAUCUGUCAAACGGUGUUCUCCUUGCUUGGAGAAAGUAAAUUACAGGGUGUGGUGGAGGUGGUCGUGGCUAUAUUGGUCGUGGGCGGCACUCAGCCGGCAGCCCUGACAAAAAGCAAGUUUGUUGCUGGUCUGUUCGUGCCGUGUUUUUACAGAUCAUUGGCAGAAGGUUUGCUUUUUGUCUUUAUUCUCUGGCGUGAAUAGCGGAAACUGACAGCCAUAAGAAACCCUUGGAGGAUGGGGUUGUAAUGCAGCCCUCCUCCUCCAGCCAUGCUCUCCGUGAUGAGGUGGCCAUGAAAGCACAACUUACAUCUUCUAUUCUCCUUGAUAAAUUCUUUCAUAACCUCCAUGACUGCUUCUAGCUAUGUGGUUUGCAUGGAUCAGAAGUUAAAAAGGGUCUGUUAUUCACACUGUUGCAGAUCUUACGGCAUGGUGUAAAACAAGCAGUCCCCAGAUAUGAACACGCAAGUUGCGUCAUACAGAGAGUUCUUGACUUACGACACUUCAUUUAAUGAGAGCUUGAAGUUAUGGGCUCAGAAAAAGAACCUUCACAGUUAGGACCAUUGCGCCAGGGCCAUGUGAUUGCACGGUUGAGAUUUGCCAUCUUUCCAGCCAGUUUCUGGCAAGCAGCGUCAGUUGUGGAAGCGAGAUCUCUUCUCAACUGCAGUAAAAGUGGUCAUAAAAUUGGGUCCAAUCAUUUGAGGACUUGCUUUACAACCACAUUAACUUACGACACAAAUUCCAAUCCCUGUUGUAGUUGUCAAUCGAGGACCACCACUCAAAUGUCUAAACCACAAUCGGAGCCUGGUAGUCUUACUGAGGCCCAGAAAUGUCUUCAUGUAAAACAAUACGUAAACAAUGUAUAUUGCGGACUCCCUCUGUGGUGCAGAACUGGGUUGUCGAGCAUGAGCUGCAUGUCUGAGGUCAUGAGACUGACAGGCAUUCCAGGACUCCUGCUAUAAGCCAUCCAGGGUCAUCUUGCCCUUUUUGGGAGGUGUGCGGGAUGUCUAUCGUGUUGGGAAGUCCAGGUAGGCCCCGUGUGCAGCUUCAGAGCUGACGAACACCCAUUGUCCUCCCAAUAUUUCCUGAUCAGAGGCUGCGUUCCUCUUGCCAUCGACUUGGACUGCUGCCAAAUCUCCCCACUGCAGAGCAGCAGAGAGCCGCCUCCUGGAGGGAUGGUUCUGCGUCUCCACAAGCCCCGUGGAUUCCUCUGCAAGGGUUUGUGUCUGGCUGGGUCUAAUGUUCAAUUUUGGUCUCAUCCCAGAUGAUUUUGUUCCAGACGUUUGAAGGCUCCUCCAUGCAAAAGAAAGCUUGCAAAAUCAGGUGCAACUCACUUAACUGUCUUGCUUAGCAACAUAAAUUGUGGUUGUGAGUCAAGGUUGGCCUGGUGGGGAGGCUAGCAGAAGAGAUGUCACACACUUAGCAGCUGUGCCCCUGCUGGUCACUGAGUUGCAUGUACCCCACCCCAUUUCCAUUCCAGCCAUCGGAAGGGGUUGGGGAUCGGGUGCUCCCAGGCCUGGAUUCUUUCUGUUAAAAAAAGGCAAAUGGUGGAGCCUGUCUGGCAAGACCAAAGAAUGCUUAUCCAGGGAGACUAUGCCUUUGCAAAACUUGUUAUCGAAUGUGGGUGGUUAAAGAAUUGAUAAUGGUAACAAAAGUUAGAUAUCCUGCAUACCACAGCUGGAAGUUAGGAAUAGGGUUGGCCGGCAGCAAAUAGAAUGUAUAUUAGAUAACUCCUGGAGCGUUAAUUAG